UGAAUGAAAUCUACAGCAAAAGCACUUCUGAUGCAAAAGUGUCCGAAUUCUCUUCUAAAUUAUUAUCUUACCUUAUUAUCUUACAAUAAUAAGUUAUUGUUUCAUGGCAAAAAAAUGUAUUCAAGUAGUAACAAACUGCUCAUCACAAAAGCAGUGUAUUCAGAGUCCUGAAGCCUCUUCUCAAUCCAAAAAAAUGUGUAUUACCAUUCUUCAUUUCUAUCUUCCACUAACGAUGGUCAUGUGAGUUUGGCACGGCGUGAGGGAAUAAAGUGACAGUUCACCUAAACUGAAGUUCCAUAUGCUUUAUGUCCAUUGGUUAGUUUCUCAUUAACUAAAUUUAGGAAGUAGAUGCUUUGUGUUUUGUUUAAUCAGGCUGUGACUAAUAGUGAGGAGGAUGCACUGAUGAAGUCUACAGUGCUCCAGUGAAAGUAGAUCGCAUCAUGUUACACUACACUAAGUUGUGUUUGGUUUCAAAUUAUUAUUAUUUUUUUUUUUUCUGAAAAGCCCAGAGCUUCGGUGUUGGUGAGAGGGUUCAUAUUCCUGUUUGUUUUCUCCCUCCGGUGUCUGAUGUUAUUUUGAAGGCAGGUCAUUACCUGAACUCUCUCUUCAUCCGAGAUUCUGUGACAGGAUGUCAUGUAUAUUUAUAUAUUAUUUUGUAUGUAUGCAGUUCUUCUUGUUGAGGAGAAGAUAGAUCUUAUUUUUAUAUGUACAUUGUUGUAAGUAUUUUAUACUUUGUAUUAUUGUUCUCUGUAAAACAAGAGUAUUUGUGUAAAUAUAGUUCUCUAGAAAUGGUCUUGUUUGGUCUGUUUGUUUAUUGUUUUAUGCAUAUCUUGUGAAUGCAUCAUAUGCCCUCUAGCCAUAGGUGCUGAUAAAUCUCAUUAUUAGUGAUGCAAUUUGGGUUAUAGGUGUGUCCCUCCCACUCCGGAUCAUGCUAAUAUAAGUGAGUGGGUAAAAAUCAGUCUGUGAGUGUGAUCAGAGAUAGAGGAUAGUGUCUGACCUCACUGUCCACAGAGAUGAUGCUGGAGCAGGUCGUGCUGUUAGCAGCCGUCACAGUGCUGGGACUGCUGGAGCAAGCGUACUUCUCUCUGCAGGUGAUCUACGCGCGCAGGAAGUACUCGGUGUCUCCGCCUGCCACCACCGGACCUCCCGAGUUUGACAGGAUCUUUCGAGCCCAAGCAAACUGUUCCGAGUAUUUCCCGCUGUUCGUCUUCUCGCUUUGGCUGGCCGGAGUGUUCUUCAGUCAAGCGCUGGCAGUGUUGUUCGGGCUGCUGUACCUCUAUGGACGGUAUCAGUACUUCCGCGGCUAUGCGGCGUCUGCUCAGGGCAGACUGGAGCCGCUGUACUUCAGUGCAAAGAUGCUGUGGGCGCUGAUCGCUCUGGCCGGGCUGGGGGUCGUCUGCACCCUCACACAGGUCUAUCUGGGACUGGACCUGCUGCACUCCUUCAGUCACGCUCUGGGUCUGACCGAACACACAUGAAAGAUCUGGACCACUGCAGGACGCUGAGGACAGGGACAGCUUUAGCACCUGCAAUGGAAGAAGUGACAAAACCACAAAUAUAUAUAUAUAUAUAUUUCUCCUUUAAAGAAAGAUUUAUAUAAAAUUUGAAUGAAUCCAGGCUACUAUUAUAAAGUGUGUGAGUUCUUUUUGUCAAUCAAAUGGAAACAUCUGCAGUUGACUCGUGCAAAUCCAUCAGUUAUUCAAAUGUUUAAUAACUGUAUAGAAACCAUUACUGGUAGUGUUUUCAAAUAGCUAAAAUGAGUUUACUUAAUAUAUGAUUAUGUUUAUAU